GUUGUUAUAAAGUUACAAAGACAAAGAGAGAGCUAAGUGUUUGACUUGUUGAUUUAACAAAGAGGUAACGAGUGAGAAUCCAUUGCUUCUGAAGAUUUAAGUCAGUAUUGCACAAUGUUUCCAGUUGACCAGCUACAGCGCUUUCAAGUAAUCAACCCUGACCAUAAAUUCAUCAAGCCUUGGUGGGAUACCUUUACUGAUUACAUUGCUACAGCCUUGUUGAUGAUGGCCGUACUAGCAGGGGUAAUGCAAGCUACACAGAGCGACCUGGUCUGCGUCCCUGCUAUUGACUGUAGCUUAAGCCAUAAUCAGAGCUUUAAUCACAGCGGCGUUUGUCAAGGUAGCAAGUCGACAAUGCUGCUGAAAUUACCAGACAGACGGCUGUACGAUUACGUUGAGACAGUGUGUGGUCGCACGGCGGUUCACUGGUUUGUAGCUUACUUUCCGUUUAUAAUUUUCCUCGAGGCAAUUAUUCUUAUUGUUGUUCAAAACUUUUGGUUAAAGUACCCGGGGACAGCUUCAAUCAUAGAUCAGUUCGUGUCAUUGGUCAUUGAAUGUUAUAAUAUGACGUGGACAAGUUCAGCUCUCGUGAUUGCUCUAAGUAAAGGAAACAUGCAUGAAGAAAAUGAAGAUAAUGAAAGCCGUAGUGGUGACACUUCUGAGACUCAGAAUACAUCAACGUCUGCGUCCCUUGAUAAAAUGGAAUGUAUCAAAGCUAAGGCACUUUAUGAAAAAGUUUGUCAAUUUGGAAAAGAUACCGAAAAAAAGAAAAAAAUAUAUUGUUUACCCUGUAUUAAAAAAAUAGUUUGCAUCCAGUCUAUUAGAAAAAUAUUUUGGAUACAUCUUUUUCAAGUACUGGUACAAUUCAUUAUUGCGUUCGUCACUACUUUAGUUAUCAACAUCUGUUACCACGGUGCACUCAAUAAUGAUAAUAUAAUGUGUAAAAUUGAUGAUAUUAUAGAUCAAGACUACAGCUAUUUUAAAUGCACUAAUGGCAUAGUUUCCUAUUUGGAAGUUACAAACAUAACAUUUUGUAUUUUGAUUGGAUUAUAUAUCAUUUUUUCUUUUUGCAAUUUAACUUUUUGCUUUUGGACUCCUUCAAAAUCCAAUCACCAAUCAAACGAGAAUCAUUCUGCAAAAGGAGACCUGCUAUUUCUUCUUUGUCUGCUGAAAAAGUGCAGUAAGUUGCAUUAUCAAAGAUUUAUCCAAUUCAUAUCUAAGGAGACCGAAAAGAAGAUAAAAGAUCAGAUAUUGAUAAACGAAUGGCCUUUGAAAAGGUUAAAGAAAAUUGCUGAAGACGAUGGUCGAGCUUUACAGCUUUUUAACCUACAAGAUGGUAUUCCGGAAACUAUCUUCAAAAUGGAAGAACUCAAAUUCCUAAGACUGGAGAACUGCAAUUUGCAGAAAGCCGACUUGCGACAUAAUACCUUUUGGACGUCGAUAGUCUCAUUAUCUCUAGUACAGUGUGGCUUAACUGUUGUUCCAGACGUUAUUCUAAAAAUGGAGUCUUUAGUCAAGUUAGAUCUGUCUCACAACAACAUUGAAACAAUUCCUGAAAACAUUGGUCAAAUCAAAUACUUACGCUAUUUAGACAUUUCAUGUAACAAAAUUUCCAAAGGAGUACACAAUCUCACCAAAAUCAAGACACUUGUCAAAUUAAAUCUACGAGAAAACGGCUGUAUUAUGCUAAAUUUGGAACACCUGCAGCAAUCGAUAAAUNAUAAUUAUUCUUAA